GGCCCAAUUUUUAACCCACUUUGUUGAGAAUGAAUUUGAGUUUGGUUCUUACCAAAAAAGCCUAAUUCCAAUAGCAUGGCCUCUCCAUUCAUUUCCAGAAGUCCUUUGCAUAGAACCCAGUAGUUCUCCCUUGGAACACGGCUGCCAUCCAUCCAUGGAGCUCCUUGGCCACCGUCUUUUCUAUCGACACUCGCGCGAACCCCCUUCUUCCUUGUGUCCCCCACGACGAUCACCGACCAUGGAGCACGCUGGUCGCCGCGAUUUCCACCGUCAAAGACACCGUUUAUUGCCCCAUGCGCACCCUCCACAACCACCGUGUCCCACUGCUCUGUUCUAGUCUCAUCGUCGCGCUCCCAGGGGAAGAUCGCCGCCGUCAGUGGUGGUGGUUUGGCCACAAUCGGAGAAACACACCAUGAUCGACUUGCUGCCGCCACGACGUUCGUCUCGGGAGGCUUCGCUUCAAGCGCGGUCCGUCUGGUCGCCUCUCUGCCCACAACCGCCCCUGCGUCCCAACCCUCUCCUGCGUCCGUUACACCCUCCGCCUUAAUCUCUGUCAGUGCAUGUUCACACAAGACCGCCGCGAGCAUCUGCUCCUCCUUCACAGAGGCGCCAUCCACGGCGCCGCUACCGAGUCAGAUCUGCUGGUGCUUCAUCCUCGAAGCCGCCCCCUCUAUUCAGCACUGAAGCGUCGUCGGCAACGACCAAGACCACCGCAUUCGAGUUCAGAUGCGGUGGUUUCGGUGGCGGUCGCGGCACCCUCACCUUUGUCGGUUCUGGAUCCGCGAACUUCCCUGCUCCAUCGCGACGACGCCGCUUCUGGUCCCAUCACCAUUGCCCAGAGUAGUGCCAUCCACUGCUGGUACAACAGCCUUGACACCGACAAUCGCAAUCACGCUAGAUUCUGCAUCCUCAUAAUCUGAAAUUGCAGAUCUGUGGAAUUAUCGGCUUCAGGAUUUGUUGAAUUUGCUGCUUCUGGUUGGUUUGUCUUGAAUCUGGAAUAUUGGAUGUUGCUGCUUCUGGAUUUUGGUUGAAAUUUAUGCUGUUAGUGCACAAUCGGCUUCCCCAUGAAUCAUCUUGGUCACGGUUGCACCAUGGCGCAAGUUUCCUUAAUUUCAUCAUAUAUCUUGGUUUGUUUUUCAUAAUUUGAAUUCAAGCGAUCUAAGCCAGGUUGAAUUUAGUGC